AUGGCAUGGAAGCUCGGGGCCAGAGUCUGCCUGUCGGGUCCCUCUUCACCCUCCGGACCCUCCGGAGAAGCACGCUCCACAAGUGUGAGCUUGACAGGUACAAUACGAUUUCUUGGAAGAACGGAGUUCGCUCCUGGAGACUGGGUUGGGGUCGAGCUAGACAGGCCCAUUGGAAAGAAUGAUGGCAGUUUGAAUGGAGUCCGCUACUUCAGUUGCAAGAAGAAGCGCGGGAUUUUUUGCAAGCCCACAGCGCUUGUGCCCGAAGCGGUUGAGCCAGAGGCGCCAGUAGCUGCCUCCGACUCAACACCAGCCUCAGUGAUACCGCAAGCGCCACAAGAGUCUGCGGAGGCGCCGCAUGAGACACAUGAAAGCGACAGCAGCCCUGUGGCCCCGGGCAGCUUGCCUGGCGAGCGUGACCCUCCAGCUGCCGGAUGCGCAGCCCAUGAGUUGAAGGAGGUGCAGUCGAGGCAGCCACAACAGCCUCACGGUGGUGGCGAGAAUAGUGGUGAAGCUCGAUACCCGCGAGAGCAAGGCGGUCCUGCAGACAGGACGGGAGGCAGUGGUGGAAGCCUGCAGACAGGAAGAGACAAUCGCUCGCCGUACAUGCGGAAGAUGGCCGGUGCAGACCCAUGGGCCAGUGGUAGCAGUUGCGGUGGAUCGAUCAUCGUGGCCGAGGAGGGCGACGGCGUUGAUGGUGGCCAAACUGGCCAAGCAGAGACGGCAUGGUUUUCCAAAGUGCAAGACCUGGCGCGACGGGGCUUGAAGCUGGGGCAUGUUCUCGGCUUUUACCAGAGCCUGGCUGAGGGCACAUUGUAUGGUGAUGGUGGUGUUCAGUUGAUGUCGCACUUUGACCCCAAGAAGCAUACAACCCACGACGUCGUGCGCGCUGCUAUCAUUCCUGCGACCAAAGUCACGCCCUUCGGAAGUUGUGCGUACUCGACCUUGGCAGAAGCAAACAAGCCGGUGCUCGCCACAAUCAUGGUUUCCCACCACUGGAGGAAUUUGUUUUGCCACUUGGUGGCCGCCUUAAUUGCAUAUGCUCUGGGGGAGACGAGUUAUGCGGCUACAGUGACUGCCUUAGAGGACGGUGACUUUGAAGGCCUGCGUCAACGGUUAGAUCGCCGAGAUGCGCUGCAUAUGACGUUCUGGCUCUGCCUUUUUUGCGUCAACCAACAUGCCAGCAUUUGCAGUGGAUUGCCCUCAGCUCCGGCGCCUGAUGCACAGCAGCAGGAGGAGCACAUAAAGGCCUUGGAAUCCCAUCAUCGAGAGAUCCAUGAUCCCGUGACGGGAGAAAAGUUCAGGCUUUGUGAUUGUGAUACGACGAAGCACUGGAACAACUCGACGCUCUGCGAGAUGGACAAGUUUGACGCCAUGAUGGCAGUGCUGGACAAGGAGGUGCCGGGAGCUGUCCAGCGAAAGCUAAGUCACAUCAUUGUGGUCGACCAGGCCUUUGAAGUUUUUACCCGCAUCUGGGUGAUGGCUGAAAUCGCCAAAGGCCAAGAGUUGGAGUUAAACCAGGUCGCCAUGCUUUUCCCGGCCCCAGAGAGGCUGCAGAAGGCAGCUGCUCGCAGGAGUGUAGUACCGGCCAGUGCUGCAGCCGAGGUGGCCCGAGUUCGGGAAACUUUGGACAUCCGCAAGUGUAAGGCGAGCCGGCAAGAGGAUGUUGAUGCCAUCCUGGCCUCCAUUCCAGAUGCAGAGAAGUUUAACGAGCAGCUAAAGGCAGUCCUCUUCAACGAGCGUUCCGGCAUUCUGGAGACGUGGAGCGCCGAACGAUGUGCUGGGUUUUUUGAUGUCAUCGACCCGCUGAAGGAACUUGUGGAACGUGAGCACUGGAGUGCACCACAGGUUAUCAUGCUUGGCCAGGAGAGCACCGGGAAGUCUACCCUCCUGGAAAGGCUGACGGGUCUACCCAUCUUUCCCAGAAACGCGGACCUGUGUACUCGUUCUCUCAUCAAGGUGUGCUUGCGAAGAGGGCCUGCCCGAAAGCUGAGGCUACUUGUGCAGGACAUUCUCUCGCUACGCUUUGAUGACGAAGACGGAAGGGAAGUUGAGCUUGACGAGCUGGGUGCUGCGGUGAUGAAAGAGAUGACACGACAAGUUCGACUUGAAUCCUUGCGGCAGGAAAUGCCAGAUAAGAGCUCCGACUUCUACGAUGCAACGGUGAGCGAUGCUCCCCUGCAGCCGUCGGAUGGACUCUGCACAAAGAAGGUGCUGGUCAUUGAGCUUAGCUCACCAAAGGCGCCAAAUCUAGAUGUUGUGGAUUGCCCAGGCUUGGUUGCAGCCUCUGCGCGAGGCCGUCCGACAGAUGUGGCACAAGAGACUGCAGCUUUGGUGAGAACUUUUGCCAAGAAGCAUCGGGAUUCAGCUUUGUUUGUAGUUGCUGUGAAGGCAUCAGAGCAGCCCAACAACUCAUUGGCCAUGCGAUUAGUGCAGGAGCUCAAGCUUGAGAGCAGAGCUCUUGGUGUGCUGACGAUGACUGAUGUGUUGACGGGAGAUCUUACAGAUGGGGAGACUACCUUGCAUGCAACGUUUCUGAAGCAUCAUGGCCCUCGUCUUCUGCAGCUUUUGCAGGGGGCAUCGGACGCAGGAGGAGGAGUGCCACUUGCACUGGGCUACACGCUUACGGCCCUGAACGAUGUUUGUGAAGACAAAGGCUGGUUGAAUCUUUCACGUGUGGAUGCCAUGGCACAAUGGGAGGUGCGAUACUUCAAGCAGCUUGCGGCUCAAUGGGCGAUCGCGAAUUCUAAGGAGAGUCACACCCCUGAAGCAGAGUUAAGUCAACUGUUGCUGCAGCGGACGACUUGUAACAGCCUGUGGCGGCAUAUCAAGGAUGCCGUGGACAAGUUUGUCCGUGACAACUGGCUAAAUGACACCAUCAAGCUGGUUCGAGAACAGGAGGCGUUGACGGUAACUCGUGAGCAAUCUUUAGGUCUGCCGAGGGCCAUGGCCCCUCAUCACAUUGCAGAGCUCUGUUUUCAAACUGAUCUGCUUCCUGCUUCUCUUCGUGCGGUAGCUUCCUUUGAAGAUGGAAGUGUUGAAGGCCAAGGCGACCAAGGCGGCCAAGGUGGCCAAGGCGGCCAAGGUGACAAGCACAAGUACGGACACAGAGGCUUGUCCAGUCCCAUGAUUGCAGACAUUUUUUCUAAGCGGUUUCAGGUAAUCCUUGCAGGCGUCAUUGCAAAUCCUUGGCAAUCCGGUGGCUUCAUUCACAACCUGGUCACGCGCCUCGAGCAUCAGAUGCUGAGCGUGCUUCCGGAAGCCGUCGCCCUCGGACCGCCUGGCAGUCGCACACUUGAUUGGCAGAAGCAGCUUGACGCCUGCUUCCGCAAGGUCGAGCACGAGAUGCUACACGCUGUGCAGGAUUUAAAGCAACAUGUGCAGUCAAGGUUGGAUGCUGCUUUGCAGGCAGAUGCUACGCCUGAACGUAUUGGAAGGAUGAAACUAGCGAUCGCAUCUCUGCAGGCAAAUCUUUGGCAAGAAAUGAACAUGCACGAAUGUGUGCCCGGAGAGGCAGUCUUCACGACUUUUCCCCUCAAAGGCAUCCGUGAGGCACUAGGCAUUGUCAACCAGCUGGAGGCAUGCCCGUUCGCUCGCGUAGAGCGUCUAGCAUCUGCAUUCAGCUUCUCACUGAAGCUCGAUACAAAGCAGAUCGCAUGGCGCUGCAGUCUACACUUCCAUCGAUUUCUUGAGGAUUUCUUUACCGGGCUGCCUGUUCGAGUUGAUGACAUCUGCAAGAAAUUGUCAGAGGACCAAUGGGUUGAGGACUGCACUGAUGAGCGCUUGCAACUUUUACGUCAUUUGCAGAAUCUGCGGCUGGCUCAAGCCCGUCUGAAGGAUGCUUUCGGAGAGCACUUUGAAGAGGCAGUCCACUCAGUGGAGAUCGUGAAUCAAGAUGGCUUGGCCGAGAGCACUCAGAGCACUCGCAAGACCUCGGAAGAGAGUGUCCAGUUUGUCCGCAGAGUUCGAAGUGAGGAGGAAGUGGCAACAACGGUUUCUGCAUGGAAAGAGGCUCUUCAUGAGCGGGCAAUGGACUUCUUCUCUAGUGUGGAGUCAUUGGAUUCAGUGCUCCACCAGAUUGCCGAGAACACAGAUGCCGACACUGAUUUUCGGGAAGGUGACGCCGAUGUUCUUUGGCAUGGUGAGUGUUCGGAUGUGUCGGAGGCUUUUCUGUGGAUAGAGCGCGAGGAUGCACCAGCAAUGCAAACCUACGUUAAUCGAGUGCUGGCUGCGCUCUUCGUGGAUGACGAGUCUUUUGCUCGAUUGUCUUCGCUGCCGAAGGAGCCCUUCAGGAUGACGUGUGGCAAUCAGAGGUGUAUCAACUUGAUGCACCUCUGCGUGCCGUAA